AGUGGGUGGGGCCAGCGCGCUCACAUUAGAAGCCGGCCAUGGGGAAGCUUGGAGCGCUGCUUGUGUUCGGAUUCUUUGCGGCAGGUGAUCUUAUUUCCAACAAUGAGAAGGAGAACUGGGGAUAUGUACCUGUCCGUAAAGAUGCUAAUAUGUUCUGGUGGCUUUAUUAUGCAAACAGUCCAACUGAGAACUUCACCUCCCUGCCUCUUAUCAUGUGGCUACAGGGUGGUCCAGGAGGCUCAAGUUGUGGCUUUGGAAACUUUAUGGAGAUUGGCCCUUUCGACACUGAUCUGAAUCCUCGAAACAGCUCCUGGGUGAAAGCUGCCAGUCUGCUGUUUGUGGAUAACCCUGUGGGGGCUGGAUACAGUUACACCACCAAUGCUGAUGCAUUCGCCAAAGACCUCACCACGGUUGUAACGGACAUGAUGAUUCUGCUGAAGGAAUUCUUCAAAAUGAAGCCAGAGUUCCAGAAUAUUCCAUUCUAUAUUUUCUCCGAAUCCUAUGGGGGUAAAAUGGCAGCUGCAAUUUCUCUGGAGCUGAUUAAGGCUGCCCAGCUCAAUGAAAUUAAGUGUCAUUUUGCUGGUGUUGCUUUGGGUGAUUCCUGGAUCUCACCUCUGGACUCUGUCCUGUCCUGGGGACCGUACCUGUACAGCAUCUCUCUGCUGGAUGACCAGGGUCUGGUGGAGGUUAACUCUUACGCUGAAGAAGUGAAGGCAGCAAUUGAGGCUGGCAACUAUCGCAAGGCAACGGAGCGGUGGGGUAUGACUGAGAAGAUUGUUGAGCUAAAUACAGAUGGAGUGAAUUUUUACAACAUCAUGACCAAAGAGGCAGAGCUUGUGAGCCCACAACUUACCCCUGUGAUGAGGAACUACCAAUUGGUCAGUCUUUACCAGCGUCAUGUCAGCCCCAUGCAGCGUACCAGCCUGGAAUCGCUGAUGAAUGGGCCCAUCAGAAAGAAGCUGAAAAUCAUUCCCGACUUCGUCAAAUGGGGAGGUCAGUCUGGUGAUGUGUUCUCCAAUAUGGAGGGUGACUUCAUGAAACCAGUGAUUGACAUCAUUGACAAGCUGCUGCUCGCUGGUGUGAAUGUAACGGUUUAUAAUGGACAGCUGGACCUAAUUGUGGACACCUUGGGACAAGAAAUGUGGGUGAAGAAGCUGAAAUGGCCAGGCCUUUCUACAUUCUCCAGCCUGCGAUGGAAACCAGUGUACACUCCAUCCAGAGCCAAAGACACAGCUGCCUUCUACAAACAGUACCAGAACUUCGCCUUUUACUGGAUCCUGAAGGCUGGACAUAUGAUUCCAUCUGACCAGGGAGAGAUGGCGUUGAAACUGUUACAGAUGGUGACAGGUCAGGUAUAACCCUCCAAGUGCUCUCCAAUUCGGGAUUGACUUGUGGAAUCACCCCUCGAUAUUUGGGGCUGAAGUUACUCAGGGAGAGAAGGCAACUCAGACUGGAGAAUGACCCAAGGACAGCACUGUACUAAAAGCAGCUUAUGUUGCUCCCAGUGUACAGAGCAGGAAGAUGAUAAAAUGUCAGAAUCCUUUCCUUAUUAAAAUGACCUCUUGUGAUUUU